AGCCGAGGCAGGCUGUGUGUGAAUGGAGGAGACGCGCCGCUCCGCUCUCUGAUCUCUGCUCUGGAUUUAUUCUCUCACCUGUUUUUUUAACGCAUGAGGUUUUUUUUUUACCUGUGCGGACUGUCCUCGCGCUGCCCACACCUGCCCUCAGCUCUCUCAGGUUUUAUGUGCAGAGAAAGAGAGGAAGAAGAAAGGCAGCAGCAGCGCGUGGGACUGUGGAUUUAAAUAACUGAUUGGACUUUUCUGCGCGUUUCCGUCCAGUCAUGACCGACUGAAGACGACUCUUCAUCAGACCUGCAGCCAGCUCUUCUCUCCUCCUCCUCCUCCCCUCCUCUCCUCCUCUAUCCCUCCAUCCUCUCCUCCUCCUCCUUCUCCUCCUCCUCUCUCUGUCCACCAUGUUCCCCUCAUCCUCCUCCUCUCCUGUCCUCCUCCUCCUCUUCCUCACCCUCCUCCUCCCCUCCUCCCUCCUCUCCGCCCCGGCUGUUCCUCCCCCUCCCUCUGUGGCGUCGGGCAGGGCAGUGUACCGGGCGUUUGACACCUCUCUCACCCACCUGACCGUCCACCGGAGCACAGGUGAGGUGUUCGUCGGUGCCGUCAACCGGGUGCUGAAGCUGUCGGCCAAUCUGACAGAGCUGAGGAGUCACAUGACCGGACCCGUGGAGGACAACGCCAAGUGUUACCCUCCGCCCAGCGUCAGGGCCUGCGCUCACCGCCUGGAAUCGUCAGACAACGUAAACAAGCUCUUACUGGUGGAUUACACUGGGAACAGACUGGUGGCCUGUGGCUCCAUCUGGCAGGGCGUCUGCCAGUUCCUCAGACUGGAGGAUCUUUUCAAACUGGGCGAGCCACAUCACCGCAAGGAGCACUACCUGUCUGGAGCCAGAGAGGCUGAUGGGAUGGCAGGUGUGGUUGUUGGAGAGGACGACUGGACGGCUGACUCCAAGAGGAAGAAGCUGGUGAAGGGCGGCAGCCGCCUCUUCAUCGGCGCCGCCAUCGACGGAAAGUCGGAGUAUUUCCCGACGCUGUCCAGCAGGAAGCUGGUGGCGGACGAGGAGAGCGUCAACAUGUUCUCUCUGGUCUACCAGGACGAGUUUGUCUCCUCACAGAUCAAGAUACCGUCGGACACACUGUCCCUCUACCCAGCCUUUGACAUCUACUACGUCUACGGCUUCUCCAGCCGCACAUACGUCUACUUCCUGACGCUGCAGCUGGACACGCAGCUGACGCAGAUGGAUGCCGGCGGGGAGAAGUUCUUUACCUCUAAGAUCGUCAGGAUGUGUUCCAACGACACCGAGUUCUACUCCUAUGUGGAGUUUCCUCUGGGCUGCACCAAAGAUGGCGUCGAGUAUCGGCUCGUCCAGGCCGCCUACAAACAGAAACCAGGGCGUCGGCUGGCCCAGGCGCUCGGCCUGUCUGAGGACGAUGAUGUCCUGUUUGUCGUCUUCUCACAGGGUCAGAAGAAUCGCUCCAACCCCCCCAGAGAAACCGUCCUCUGCCUCUUCACCCUCCAUGACAUCAACCUGGCCAUGAGAGAGAGGAUCCGCUCCUGUUACCGUGGAGAAGGACGCCUCUCGUUACCGUGGUUACUCAACAAGGAGCUGCCCUGCAUCCACACGCCGAAGCAGAUCGGGGAUGAUUUCUGCGGUCUGGUGUUGAACCAGCCACUCGGAGGCCUCAGGGUCAUUGAGGGAAACCCACUGUACGAGGACCGGACCGAGGGCAUGGGCGCUGUGGCGGCCUACACCUAUGGGGAACAUACGGUGGUGUUUGUGGGAACCCGGAGCGGACAGCUGAAGAAGAUCCGUGUGGAUGGGAUCCCGCCGCCAGCCCAGAAUGCUUUGCUGUACGAGACGGUGACGGUGGUGGAGGGGAAGCCGAUCCUGAGAGACAUGGUGUUCAGUCCAGACCACCAGUACAUCUACCUGCUGAGUGACAGACAGGUGACCAGACUUCCUGUGGAGAGCUGUGAGCAGUACAGCAGCUGCUCUGACUGUCUGGGAUCAGGAGACCCUCACUGUGGAUGGUGUGUCCUCUUCAACAAGUGUUCCACACAGGAAGCAUGUGACAAGUGGGAGGAGCCUCAGCACUUCAACACCCAACUGGACCAGUGCGUCGACAUGUCCGUCACUCCGAGCAACAUGUCCGUCACCUCCCCGGCAACGCAGCUGACGAUCCGGGUCCAGAACGUCCCCGCUCUGUCCGGAGGCGUCUCCUGUGUGUUCGAGGACCUGAGUGAAAGCCCCGGCGAGGUUCUGGCUAAAGGUCAGGUGAUGUGUCUGUCGCCGUCGCUGAGAGACCUGCCGACACACACACACUCCUACGGAGAGAAGAGAGUGGUUCAGCUGAGUCUUCGCUCCACAGAGACGGGACAUCAGUUCAUCACCACCAGCUUCAUCUACUACAACUGCUCCGUGCUCAACUCGUGUACUUCCUGUGUCAGCAGUGUGUUCCCAUGUCAUUGGUGUAAAUAUCGCCACGUCUGCACCAACAACCUGCAGGACUGCUCCUUCCAGGAGGGACGGGUCAGCAACAUGGAGGGCUGUCCUCAGAUCCUCCCCACCUCCGACAUCCUGGUCCCGGCCGGGAUGGUUCGUCCAAUCACGUUGCGAGCUCGUAACCUCCCCCAGCCUCAGUCGGGUCAGAAGAACUACGAGUGCGUCUUCAACAUCCAGGGCAAAGUCCAGAGGAUCCCGGCCGUCCGCUUCAACUCGUCCUGCAUCCAGUGUCAGAACACCUCGUACUGGUACGAGGGAGACGAAGCCGGUGAUCUCCCGGUGGAUUUCUCCAUCGUCUGGGAUGGAGAUUUCUUCAUCGACAAACCUGCAUCUAUGAAAGCGUUGCUGUAUAAGUGCGAGGCUCAGCGCUCCAGCUGUGGUCAGUGUCUCAAAGCUCCUCCGGCCUUCGAGUGUGGGUGGUGCACAGAAACCAGGAAGUGUCUCCUGCAUCAGCACUGCCCCUCACCUGAGCAGAACUGGAUGCACCACGGCCGACACAACCUGCGCUGCAGCCACCCGCGCAUCACCAAGAUCGACCCUCUGACGGGGCCUCGGGAGGGGGGGACUCGGGUGACCAUUGAGGGAGAGAACCUGGGUCUGCAGGUGAAGGAGAUCGCUCAUGUCCAGGUGGCGGGGGUCCGCUGUAACCCGGUCCCGUCGCAGUACAUCAGCGCAGAGAGGAUCGUGUGCGACAUGGCCGAAGCCCUCCUCCCUCACUCUCCUGGCGGUCCUGUUGAGCUCUGUAUCGGCGUCUGCAGUGCCGAGUAUCGAACCCUGUCCACCCAGACUUACUCCUUUGUGAGCCCCAGUUUCAGUCGGGUCCGUCCGGAGAAGGGUCCGGUCUCUGGGGGAACCAGACUGACAGUGACCGGUCGACACCUGGACGCCGGCAGCACCGUCACCGUUUACAUCGACAAGGAGGAGUGUCUGUUCGUCAAACGGACCAAUCGGGAGAUAAUCUGCAUCACCCCCGCCUCCCUGUCGGGCCCCGGCCCCGCCCCCAUCCGUCUGAUGAUUGACAGGGCCGAGGUGACGAGCUCCGAGACCAAAUACAUCUUCACCGAGGACCCGACCGUCAGCAGCAUCGAGCCCAACUGGACCAUCCUAAAUGGCAGUACAGUGAUAACAGUGACAGGAACCAACCUGCUGACGAUCCAGGAGCCGAAAGUCCGAGCCAAGUACGGAGGAGUGGAAACUAAUAAUUUCUGCAGCGUCGUCAACGACAGCAUGAUGACGUGUUUGGCUCCUGGUCUGGUUUACAGUAAACCCAACCCACCAGAGGGGGCGCUGCGGCCCGACGAGUUCGGCUUCAUCUGCGACCAGGUCUCCUCUCUACUGGUCCUGAACUCCACCCCCUUCAUGUACUAUCCCAACCCGACCUUUGACCCCCUGGGGAACUCUGGGAUCCUGGAGGUCAAACCGGGGUCACCCAUCAUCCUCAAGGGUAAAAACCUGAUCCCUCCCGCCCCCGGUAACAACCGUCUGAACUACACCGUCCUGAUUGGAGAGUCUCCCUGCCUGUUGACCGUGUCAGAGAACCAGCUGCUCUGUGAUUCGCCGGAUCUCACAGGAGAGCAGCGAGUCAUGAUCCUGGUCGGUGGUCUGGAGUACUCCCCGGGGACGCUCCACAUCUACUCCGACAGCGCCCUCACACUCCCCGCCAUCAUCGGUAUCGGAGCAGGCGGCGGCGUCCUGCUCAUCGCGAUCAUUGCUGUGCUCAUCGCCUACAAGAGGAAGACUCGUGACGCAGACCGGACUCUGAAACGUCUCCAGCUGCAGAUGGACAACCUGGAGAGCCGGGUGGCGCUGGAGUGCAAGGAGGCCUUUGCAGAGCUGCAGACUGACAUCCAGGAACUGACCAACGACAUGUACGGAGUGAAGAUUCCCUUCCUGGAGUAUCGAACCUACACCAUGAGGGUCAUGUUCCCGGGAAUAGAGGAACACCCGGUGCUCAAAGAGCUCGAUUCUCCAGCGAACGUGGAGAAAGCUUUGCGUCUCUUCAGUCAGCUCCUCAACAACAAGAUGUUCCUGCUGACCUUCAUCCACACUCUGGAGGCUCAGAGGUCGUUCUCCAUGAGAGACCGAGGGAACGUCGCCUCGCUGCUCAUGGCUGCCCUGCAGGGUCGAAUGGAAUAUGCCACCGUGGUGUUAAAACAGCUGCUCGCCGACCUGAUCGAGAAAAACCUGGAGAACAGGAACCAUCCCAAACUGCUGCUGAGGAGGACGGAGUCUGUUGCUGAGAAGAUGCUGACGAACUGGUUCACCUUCCUGCUGCAUCGAUUCCUCAAGGAAUGUGCCGGCGAGCCGCUCUUCAUGCUUUACUGCGCCAUAAAGCAGCAGAUGGAGAAAGGACCGAUCGACGCCAUCACCGGAGAAGCUCGCUACUCUCUGAGCGAAGACAAACUCAUCAGGCAGCAGAUCGACUACAAACAGCUGACUCUGAUGUGUAUCCCUCCGGAGGGCGAAGCGGGGACCGAAGUGCCGGUGAAGGUGUUGAACUGUGACACGGUGACUCAGGUCAAAGACAAACUGCUGGACGCCGUUUACAAAGGAAUCCCGUUCUCACAGAGACCUCAGGCCGACGACAUGGACCUCGAGUGGCGUCAGGGCCGACUGACCAGGAUCAUCCUGCAGGACGAAGACGUGACAACAAAGAUCGAGAGUGAUUGGAAGAGACUGAACACACUGGCACAUUACCAGGUAACAGACGGCUCUCUGGUGGCACUCGUCCAGAAGCAGGUUUCUGCCUACAACAUCGCCAACUCCUUCACCUUCACCAGAUCGCUGAGCAGAUACGAGUCGUUACUGCGAACAUCCAGCAGUCCUGACAGUUUAAGAUCCAGAGCUCCAAUGAUCACCCCGGACCAGGAGACAGGAACUAAACUGUGGCACCUGGUGAAGAAUCACGAGCACAGUGACCAGAGAGAAGGAGACAGAGGCAGCAAGAUGGUUUCUGAAAUCUACCUGACCAGGCUGCUGGCUACCAAGGGGACGCUGCAGAAGUUUGUGGACGAUCUGUUUGAAACAGUGUUUAGCACCGCCCACCGCGGCUCUGCACUCCCAUUGGCUAUCAAGUACAUGUUUGACUUCUUGGAUGAGCAGGCCGACAAACGACAGAUCAGCGACCCGGACGUCCGACACACCUGGAAGAGCAACUGCCUUCCUCUCAGGUUCUGGGUCAAUGUCAUCAAAAAUCCUCAGUUUGUGUUCGACAUCCAUAAGAGCAGCAUCACUGAUGCCUGCCUGUCCGUCGUCGCGCAGACCUUCAUGGACUCCUGCUCAACAUCUGAACACAGACUUGGCAAAGACUCGCCGUCCAACAAACUUCUCUAUGCUAAAGACAUCCCCAACUACAAGAGCUGGGUGGAGAGGUACUACAGGGAUAUUGCAAAGAUGCCCAGCAUCAGUGAUCAGGACAUGGAUGCCUACCUGGUCGAGCAGUCCCGUCUCCAUGGCAACGAGUUCAACACACUGAGUGCGCUCAGUGAGCUCUACUUCUACAUCAACAAGUACAAGGAAGAGAUCCUGACAGCGUUGGACCGGGACGGUUACUGUCGCAAACACAAACUGAGGCACAAACUGGAGCAAGCCAUCAACCUGAUGUCUGGGAGCAGCUGAGAGGAGGGGAAGGAAGAAUGGACUGAUGGACCGAUGGACUGAUGGAUUGGGGGGGGAUGGGGAAGUAGAAUUGGGAAGGGGGAAGUGAGGGCAUUUCGUUUUUCUGAACUGUUUAAACAGUCAGCUGAACUGCUCCGUAUUGGACCGAACUGACCGCCACAGCUCUAGCCCUUUAGCAAUCAAUCCAUCAGUAAUUUAUUUGUCAAUUGAUUGAUUGAUUGAUUUGAAGACUAACUAACUGGCUGGCUGGGACCCCAACUACCUCCGUUCGGUGGGUUUUGGGGGCAGAAAAUCAGUUUCCAAACCGAUUUGGAUACAUUACAAUAUGACUUCAAUGUGGAAUGGAGUCAUUUUGGGGCAAAAAAACAAACCUAGAUGCAUCUGUCGGUUUGGAUUUGGAUUUAAAUUUUCUGCAGGUGCAAGCAGGGAUCAAAGUGAAGGGAGCGUGGCUGUGGGAAAACCUGGACACUAGGCUGAAGACUGAGUCAAGUUUCACCAAACAAGGGAUGUGACGUUAGGACUGACUGACCUGACUUCAUAACUCCCAGCCUAGUUUGGAACUGUCUGGACGCUAGGUUGAAGAGCAAAAGGUCAAGUCAAGUUUUCAUCAAAGCUACAGACUUCACCUUGAAAUGUUUGUUCUGGUCUGGAAAAUCAAGAAACUAAGCGACCAAUCAGAAAGUCAUGGCAAAAUCACAACAGACUUGACCUUACCAUAAAGGCCUCAUCAUAGGCCUGAUGAAUCUGAGCUGAAUAUUGAAAGGUUAAAUUAAGGCUUACCGCAGACAUUUGAGGCCUCUUACUGAUGUCGUUACUUUGGACUCUUUGUCCUCACCUUGAAAUCCUUAGCCUUGUCUGGAACGAUCCGGAUUCACUGUAACAAGAUCAGGUCAAGCUUUAAGGAAGGAAGUGUGAAUGUCAAGUCCUCAUUUGGGAUAUCUCACCCAACCUUGAACUUGUUUGCAAAGGAUUCGUAAGGUUGUUUCAAGCUUUAAUGAAGGAGAAGGAAGCAAACAAUGUCCCAAAAACUGAUGACUUGACCCAACCUUGAAAUCACUGCUUAAUCUCAAAAGAUAAGGAAUCCAGGUGGACAUUAACAGGAAUUCACCCCUGGAGAGAAGGAAAUACAAACUCCAUGAGCCAAGACAAUUUGACUUGACCUUGGACUGUUCGGCCAAGCCUCGGCAGGAUCUAGAAGUUUCUAAGUUGCUGUUUUAAAUAACCGCUCAAUGUUUUUUCUCUGGACAAUCACUCUGUACCACAGCACACUGAGCCCGAUGCCUACCGACCGACCAGUACCUGUGUCCAUAAACCUGUCCUUUCCUCCCACCAUCUUCUUUUCCUUUCCUUCCAACUCCUAAGAAUUUCACCUCCUACUUUUGUUUGACCCGUUUCUUCAUGUCAUCUCCUUCUCCACCCUCCCUUCCUUCUCCUUGUUUACUUUUAUACCUCCUCCCCCUCGUCCUUGCUCCAUCAUUGGUCAGUCAUGCUGGCCUCUGGCCAUCCUAUUGGCCAGGACUCUUUAGUAAUGUACUGCCCGACCAAUCAAGACUGUGGAUUUCACCAGAAUUGUGAACAAUUCAGUAAAAAUGAAAAGAAACAAAUACAGAAUAACGUUUUGAAUACAUUCCAGCACAGGCACACAGGCAAGGUCUGUAAAUAAGCAGGUUGACUCACUGAUUUUUGGAGGUGAAGAACUUCAAAGUAGACUGAUCUGCAUUUUUCAGGACCAGAAUGACCUGGAAAACGGAGUUCUGAAUUCAGCACCAGUCGGUAAACUGACGCUGGUUGGUGCUGAUCACUUUAUCACCGGACCUUGCACAUACACCCACAUACAGCCAUGCUUUACAGCACCACGCUAACCGUGCCCAGGGGGAAAUACUGUGCAGAGCUACAAGCCCAGUGCCAUGUAAAGACCGGACCGGAUCAUGUCAGAACUGGACCGGACUCGGACCAAACCCGGAUCAAAAACAACCCAGAAUGGAGUUUUAAACGGACCGGACUCAAGAACUCUUAAGACUUGUGGCCAUAAUUGUAAACAACAAAAAAAGAAAGAUAAUAAUAAUAAUGAUGAUAAAGUAUAAAAGUUAAAAAAGAAUACAAAAAGAAAGGAAAAAAAGAAAUAUUGAAAUGUUAACUUGUAAUAAGAACUUUGUGGAUUUGACAGUUUGGAUUUUACGGAGCUGAACUUGUAUAAAGCUGAUCUUUACGCUACAUCAGAGUCUGGAGGAGCGAGAGAGAGCCAGGAGAUGGAGCGACAGAUCAGACCAACCCCAUCCUCACACCGUCACACCAGACUGGACUAAAAUGGAUCAAACUGGAUUUCAGUGGACAGAAUGAACCUGUUCUGUUUGGAGCCUGAAAAAGCUGAACUGAUGUCAGCUCAGUGUGUGAAAGGAGGAAAAACAAACUGGACUUUUUGGUACUUUUUUUUGCCAAACUGGGUGUUUGUUUGAGCAGAACAGAAGUGCAGUGUGCUGGAUGGAGGGUUGGCCUGGAGGUUUGGGUGGUGUUUGGAGGGGUUAAAUUAUUGCAUGUUUGCUUCGGAUGGAGUCAUUGUUUUGAUGAGCUCUUGUACAUCUUAAAGAUGAAUUAGGGCGUUUUCACACUGCCGGCUCAGUCUUAAUUCUACAACCUUAAAAUUUGAAAAUAUACAGACGGACUUUGGACCAACUGUAACUCAAAAACUGAACCCGGUGUGUAACGCACAUAAUUCUCUGUAUGAAUGAUGGUUAAAUGUCAGGUUGAGGACUUUCUGACAUGGCAAUGCUGCACCCCUCACUCCCCAAUACACCUCUUUUUUCUGUGGUAGAACAUUUACACUUUGCACAACUGGAUCACAUGUUGUUCAGAAGUUUGACAGUGCUUUCUGGCCUUCUGAGAAUACACAGAACUAGUUUCAGCUGACAGCUGGGAUUCAUAACACUCAUGGCACUUGGUCCUCCAUUUUUUUUGUUUACCUGCCAAAAGCAAACACAAAUGCCAGAAGCUUUGUCUUCUGGUUUGACUUUUGAACAACCGAGUUCCAACAUUAAGGUGCUUUGUGGCAGCUGAUAACUGAUCACAAGUGAGACCGACCUCACGGCGAUAAUGUAACAAAUAUAUGAAUUUGAUCAACUAUCCGCAGGCUGAUUUUCACACAAAAACAGUGAAACCAAUUCAUUAGUUUUUCUUAGAAAAAAACAUACAUAUGGAUUAGUAAACCACACACUGUGUGCAGAUGAGGGUUCAGGAUUUCCAUUUGUUCAGGUUAAUGGCAAUAAUUGAAAGAAAACACGUCUGUUGAUGCAUUACCACAAACCACUUUGUCUCCAUACCUUAUGAGCAUAAAAUUUCAGUUUCAAGGCAGUACCCUGGUGCCAACAACAAACUUUCUUCAAAUUAAAAAGUCAUUACUUUUAUUUUAAAAAAAAAGUUGAAUAGUUUACCAACAUGUAUGCAUGGUUUACUAAUCUAUACGUAUUUCCACACAAAGAGCAUCAUCAGGUCUUUAAGACUCUGGAGAAAAGCCAGUGUGUUGACUGAAAAUGUUCUACCACAGCUGAAGCGUCUCUCUGCUGGCUCUGUGCAAUGCCAUAAAGCUAUAAAGCACCUUUUUUUUUCUAUCUUGCUGUUGUUUCACUGUCGUUUGAAUCUUUGGGGCCAAAAGGACCCGAGUGAGGAAGAAGAGGAGGUAGGGGUUGAUGGAGGAAAAGGAGGAAGGGUCCUGAUAAAAGACUGCCUUUUAGAUGAUUAAUUAUAGAACAGGGAGGGAAGCCACUACCAUACCAAUACCACUGUUCAUCCAACCUGUGUGUGUGUCUGUGUGUGUUAUCCUCAUACUGCUGCUGCUGCUGCAGUGGAAACUCAACCGUUAAACCACCGAUCGUAUCUGCAGCUCAAUUAAAGUUCUUUUUCUUUACAGUCACAGUUUAAAUCAACCAAUCGGUAUCUUUAACGCUUUUGAAAUCUCAGAUUGGAUCUUUGGUCUCCAUCUUUUUUUUUAUUUUAAUAAAAAUCUUUGAUCUCGAAGUCAUCAAAAGCCAUAAAUUGAGUAAAAUUGUUCUCGUUGCCAUUUUGAUUAGAAUUCACCUUUUAGUUGGUGUGAUGAGAUGGAGGAGGAGUUUAGAGGAGGAGAUGGGUUUCUGUCAGCAUGCUGAAGGGUGAGGAGGAGGAGGAGGAGAAAUGAAUGAAUCCUAACAGGAGAAUGUAAAGGAAGGGAAAUGGAUGAUGCAUAGACAAUGUAAAGGAGGAGGAAACCCAACUGCAUGCUGAAAAGGGAGGAAGAGGAGGAGGAAGAGGAUAAAUUACAAUUUUACUGCAGAAAGGAGGAGGGAGAAGUAAGAGGAUGAAGGUUUUAUCGUGCCAUAAGGUGAAGAGGGGGAGGAAAAUCUCAUGUUCCUCAAAUGCAAAGAGGUAGAAAUAAAUGUUAAAGUAGAACACAGGAAGAUCAGGAUGAAAAGAGGAGGUCAGAUUCCCUUUUUGUUUGCUAAAGUGAGAGGAAGCAGGAUGAAAA